CAUCAGAUGUAAACACAAUUGACAUGUAGAAGUGAAACGUGCUUUAUGGUGUUUGCGCAAAAUGUAUCCAAAUGGUAGUGUCAUUUAUUAAACUAUUGCUAAGUAGUUAUCAUUUCUUCUGAUUAAUUUUAAAAAGUAAUAAGCAAUCAGAUAAAUAUUGAAGAAAAGUUGGUAAAUAAAAAAGAAUAUCACAGAAGUGCUGAAAAAUUGAAAUCAAUUCAUAAUAAUGAAACACAUUACGAGAUUACCAAUUUCAAAGAAUUCUUUGAACUUUCUACUCAAUGGCAUUCUUAUUACAAGAAAUUAUGAACAAAAGCGUUUCAGUAACAUGGCUCAACUUAUCGAUGGAAAAGCAAUUGCAGCUGAAAUUCGUGCUGAGCUCCGGAAAGAAGUGGAAGAUUUUGUGGCCGCUGGUAAUCGUGCACCCCAACUAACUGCAAUUUUAGUUGGAGAAGAUCCUGCCAGCCAAACAUAUGUUUCAAACAAAAUGAAGGCUGCUGCAGAAAUUGGCAUAAAUAGUGUGACAAAAAGAAUAUCAGCUGACACCAAGGAGCAGGAACUUCUUGAUUUGAUUCAUCAGCUUAAUAAGGAAGACACUGUUGAUGGUAUUCUUGUUCAGUUGCCUUUGCCACCACAUAUGCAUGAACGUGUUGUUUGUAAUGCUGUUGCAUGUGAAAAAGAUGUUGAUGGUUUCAAUGAAAUCAAUGUGGGUAGAAUGUGCUUAGACAUGAAAUCUAUGAUUCCAUGUACACCGUUGGGUGUACAAGAAUUAAUUAAACGAUCAAAUAUUGAAACAUUUGGUAAGAAUGCCGUUGUUGUGGGUCGUUCAAAGAAUGUUGGAAUGCCAAUGGCUAUGCUAUUGAGUUCAGAUGGUAAAAAUGAAACAUCAGCUAUGGAUGCAACUGUUACAGUUUGCCAUCGAUAUACACCAAGAAGUGAAUUAGAAAAAUAUUGCAAAUUAGCUGAUAUCAUUGUGACGGCAACAGGAAUUCCUUCCUUGAUAAAAUCGAAUAUGGUUAAGGAGGGUGCAUGUGUAAUUGAUGUAGGAAUAACAAGAAUAACCGAUGAGAAUGGAAAAAGUAAACUUGUAGGAGAUGUUGAUUUUAAUGAGGUGAAAAAAGUUGCCGGACAUAUUACUCCAGUACCUGGUGGUGUUGGACCCAUGACUGUCGCUAUGUUAAUGAAAAAUACAAUUACAGCUGCGAAAAACCUUGCAGAAGCUAAAAAAUCUCACUAGACAAAUCAAGCUGAAUUAAAAGUAUUAUUAGGAAAAACAUUUAUUUUUGUUUUUUUUUUAUACAUAAAUAAAAUACCUUAUAAAGCGCAUAAUUUAU